CUUGGUCUUAUUAAAGAUACUGCACUUUAGAACGUAGGUGAAGCUUAUUUAUGUUGUUUAAAUCGUUGACGCACUUCGAGAAAUCAAAUAUUCAAAUAUGGAUAAAGUUACGGUGCGGUCCAGAAUAAUCUUUUGUUCAAAUACAUAAUUCCCAAUGGACGGUGUAUUUUUUGUAAGUCUAUUCUUUGGCUCAGUGAUUCGAUGCAGUCCGCACAUACCGCUUAAUGCUUCAGUUUAGGAAACAUGUUUGUUAGAUUAACAGUUAAAAAUAAUAUUCCCUACCGGGCGAGGAAAUGUGUUUACAGAAGGGCGUCUGAAAAUUUUGUGGGUAGUGAACAUGCCAGUAAGGUCAAUGAAGAGGGAGAUAAUCUCAUGAAUUUCGAAGAUAUACCGGGACCUCGAAGUUAUCCCAUUAUUGGUACGCUUCAUAAAUACCUACCUUUAAUUGGUGACUAUGACGCCGAAGCUUUAGAUAAGAAUGCAAUAUUGAAUUGGCGACGUUAUGGUAGCUUAGUUAGAGAAAAACCGAUUGUCAAUUUAGUCCAUGUUUAUGAUCCGGAUGACAUUGAGGCGGUGUUCCGACAAGACCACCGCUAUCCAGCGAGGCGCAGUCAUACCGCUAUGAACUACUACAGAACCAACAAACCGAAUGUAUACAACACUGGAGGGCUUCUUGCGACCAACGGACCCGAUUGGUGGAGACUCAGAAGCAUAUUUCAAAAGAAUUUCACGAGUCCACAAAGUGUUAAAACUCACGUCUCGGACACCGAUAAUAUCGCGAAAGAAUUCGUUGAGUGGAUAAAGAGAGACAAGGUGUCAUCUAAAAAUGAUUUUUUAACGUUUCUAAAUCGCCUCAACUUAGAAAUCAUAGGUGUAGCAGCUUUUAACGAACGCUUCAAUAGUUUCGCUUUGAGCGAGCAAGAUCCCGAGAGUCGCAGCAGCAAAACGAUAGCGGCAGCAUUCGGAUCAAAUUCUGGGGUCAUGAAGCUUGAUAAAGGAUUUCUCUGGAAAAUUUUUAGUACUCCACUAUACAAGAAACUCGUGAACUCUCAAAUCUAUUUAGAGAAAAUUUCCACAGAUAUAUUGAUUAGAAAGAUUAAUCUCUUCGAAUCCGAUGAUAGUAAAAACGAUAAAUCUUUGUUAAAAACAUUUCUUCAACAAUCCCAGCUGGAUCAUAAGGAUAUCAUGGGAAUGAUGGUUGAUAUUCUAAUGGCCGCAAUCGACACAACAGCCUACACGACAAGCUUCGUAUUGUACCAUAUAGCCCGUAAUAAGAGAUGCCAGGACGAAAUAUUUGAAGAGCUACAUACAUUAUUACCAAAGAAAGAUGAUGAGAUAACCGCUGACGUUAUUUCUAAAGCGUCAUACGUGAGAAGCAGUAUUAAAGAGAGUUUGAGACUUAAUCCGGUAUCGAUUGGAAUAGGCAGAUGGUUACAGAAGGAUAUAGUUUUAAAAGGAUAUUCCAUUCCUAAGGGAACUGUUAUAGUGACGCAAAACAUGACGGCAUCACGGUUGCCGCAGUUCAUACGGGACCCCUUAACCUUCAAGCCUGAACGUUGGAUGCGUGGUUCACCGCAAUACGAGACCAUUCAUCCGUUUCUGAGCUUGCCUUUUGGUCACGGGCCCCGUUCGUGUAUUGCAAGAAGACUGGCCGAGCAAAAUAUUUGCAUUACCUUAAUGAGGUUAAUUCGUGAGUUUGAAAUCCAAUGGGCCGGCGAGGAGCUUGGAGUGAAGACACUGCUUAUAAAUAAACCAAACAAACCUGUAUCACUUAACUUUAUUCCAAGAAGUAGUUAACAUUAAUUAUUAGGAAGUUUUAUUAUUUUAUUACGUUCAACAAUCUGUAAUAAAUAUCGAAAAGAGAAAAUUGUUGUUUACAUUUUUUUUUAUAUUGUUUAUU